GCUGUUGCGCUAGACAUUGGCGCUUCGCCUGGAGGGUGGUCGUACUGGUUAGCAGAUAGGUGUGCGACAGUUGUCGCGGUCGAUCCCGGAGCCCUAAAGGCGCCAAUUCCAAGCAAUGUCAUCCACGUGCAAGACAGGAUAGAGAACUUCCUACUGCCCGAGAUGCAGGCAAACGCUGAUUUUGGAGGGGGUCUCAAGUAA